CAAGCCUCAACCAGCCCCGCAGCUCACAGGAACCUUAAGUGAACGUCUCCUACUCACCAAUCUAUGUCGGUCUCGGCAGUGCGAGUCUCGCUCCAGCCGGCGCAUGGCUACAUACCACUCGUAGUCAUCGGCGCCGGUCUCGUCGGUACGUGGGCCGGUAUCAAAGUCGGCGCUGCUCGUAAGAAAUACAACGUCCCGUAUCCGCAAAUGUACGUCGAGAAGAAGGAAAAGAACGCCAACGAGUUCAACUGCGUGCAACGCGCACACCAGAAUGUACUCGAGAACCUUCCGCUUUUGUACGCCAUGCUCGCCACCUCCUCAAUUUACCGUCCUAAAGUCGCAGCAGCGGCCGGCGUGGUGCGCAUCGCAGGCUUCAUCAUGUACGUCAAAGGAUACUCGACCGGUGAUCCAGGGAAAAGGACAAAAGGAAGCUUUGGCCAUCUAGGAACGCUAGUUAUGUUAGGAUUGUCGUUGGAAGCGUCUCUACGUCUUCUGGAUAUCAUUUAGCUUUUGAAGAAGAGUGGAAAGUGAAGAAAGCAAUGACGAGAUAUCCAGCAAACAAGAGCUCAGUCUCUUGAGAUUAUUACGACUGGUUAGCACACUCUUCAAGCCUCCAAAUUCAAGGGGUAAUGCGAGGCAAACGUGAUAUGAGUGUUGCAACGCACACCGGUGACAAAUUCGCGAGCACUCAAGAGGGAAGUGCUGCGAGGCACAGUAGCAACGGAUGGAAGCUGCUGCCAGAGAAUGCCAAAAACGACAUGAACGGUGCGGAAACGGGAGGUGGACACGGUAGACUUGCGAUAAACGGACUACCAGCCUUUCGAUCGAAGACUCCAAGACAUCUGUACCCUGUAGAAAAGAACAUUUGAUGUUGUAAAUGAAGUGAAAACAAAAGUGAAAUGAUAACCCAAAAAAUUAACCACCAAUACAAUGUACUUCGUACACUAUA